CUGCUGUUCUGUUUUGUCUGUCUGUAGACCAUGUGCUAAAGUGUAAAAGAGUUAAUUUGAGCAAAACAUGGCUCGUUUCGGAAAACAAGCGAAAAAAGCUAAUAAAAAGGCAACCAAAGGAAAAGGAAAACUAUGGAAAAAGGGCCAAAGUGCUAGUUAUAAUCCUGAAUUCAAUAAACAUAGGCAGGAAGCUAAAAAACGUGUUGUAUUUGGAAAUCGGACUGAAGGAAGUUUAACUGAAGCUAAAUUGUCUCUUCACAAUAAACUGACUACUGAAAGUCAGUAUGAUGAUAUUGAAGAAGUUAUGAGUAUAGGAGGUGAUACGGCCUUAACUGCUUUUACAAAUUGUUCUCUUCCAACUUUCAACAGAUUGAUAAAGAACUGGAAUGCUGGAUCUCUCUUACAUAAAGAAAUGCUUGCUGUAUUAGCUGCUGUCACUGAUAUAAUAAAGGAAAAUGGAGGAAAAGAGACAGAAACAGAAUAUUUUGCAGCUUUAAUGACAACAUUAGAUAUCAUUGACACAGAUGAAGCUGUUACAGCUGUUGUGUGUUUGCUUUCUAUGGUGGUAAAAAGAUUGAAUGAAUCUGUGUUGAAGCUGCAUUGCAAAACUGCAUGUGAAACAUACGUCAAAUUACUAAUCAAGUAUAUGAACUCUGAUCAUUGUGCUUUACUUAGAAAUCUACUGAGUAUUAUCUUUGCAUUUUGGAAAGUAAAAACUCAAUGGGGAGACACAUCAAAUGAGUUAAAUGUUGUAUUGGAGUUUACAACUCAUCAUAAACCUAAA